UUACGGCUUAAUGCCAGCGAUCUGCCUCUGAGCGAAGGCAUGUAUCCGAUGCUGCGCUUACCGGAAGAUGUCAGUGACGAUUCUGCGGUCUCCAGUAUGGGGUCCAGCCCAGGAAGCUCUCCUACACAGGGUCGCCUCGACAACGAGAACGUGUCGCUGUCGGAGUGCAGCGUGUCGUUAGGAGAGAGCCGCGACUCGUACAAUGGCGAAGCCGUGCGGAACGCGCCCAACGGUGGCGCCACCGGCGGCAUGUCGCUGAUGCCAGGCUACGAGAGCGAAUCGAAGUUCGCGCCGGACAAGUUUCUCGCGCAUGGCGCUGUCGGUGCGAGCGUGAAGGACCUGGGCCGGCACAUAGCGCACAACCACACGUACCAGGUUCCGCAGGGCGGCUGGCCGCAGCAGCCGCGAGCGCGGCCCGCCGGCAGGGGGCGCUGA